GGAAGAGAGUGCGGGCAGGUUCAGGAAGGGAUUAGGAAAACUCAUGGACAAGAGGUCCGUUGAGGGGCUGUUUUCUAAAAGGUCUAGCCAGGGAGGUCCCUGAUGUAACAGUAGUGGCUGCUGGGGUGUGUUGGGGGAAUGGGCUGCAGAAAGCAGCCAGGCUCAUGUGCUCUCUCAAAGAAGGAUCUCUGAUUGCCACCCUUGACAGCAGAGUGCUGGGCGAGCUGGAUCAAUCCGAUCCAGGACAGCAGUUUUUGUGAACUUAGGAUCAGUCUUUCUGGUGGAAGAAUUUUAGUUCUGCAGGGUUCGGUUCUGGAUGCUGAAGUGUUAGCAUUUCCAUGAGCAGCCUAGAAGAGGCAGUGAGCAACAAGGUGAUAGUGUUUGCCAACGACAUGGGUAGUAAAGAUAAGGUCAACUGUGAAAAGCUGCAGAAGGACCCUGUAAGACUGAGUAACUGGGUAAUACAAUGUAAUGGCACGUGAAUUUGGUGUAGGUAGAGUCAUUCAGGUAGCGUAAAAAGAAUCCUGACUUCCCAUGUGAAAUACUGGGCUCUCGGUAAUGAGCAGUAUUUUGUAGUUAUGGUGAAUGGUUCCAUGAAAAUGUAACCACAGUGCUCAGCAGCAGUCAAAAAGGUAAAUCGGAGAGUAAAUACUAUUGGGAAACAAGUAAAGAUCAAACCAAAGAAUCUUGCCAUGCCACUGUGUUAAUCCAUGGUUCACCUCAAACACCCUGUGUGGUUCCCCUACUCUGUGUCCCAGCUCAGAAAGCAUAUAGUGAAAAUGAGUGAGAUUUGGAGAAGCAAAACAAGACUGGUCAAAGACACAGACCGCCUUCCAUAUGGGGAAUGGUCAAGAAAGCUGGUACUCUGAAAUUCAUCCUGGAAAGGGAUGUCUGAGGAGGAUAUGAUGAAGGCCUGUAGAAUCAUGAGUGGUAUGAAAAGAAUGGGCAGGGCUUGACUGUCCAUUCUUCCAGCAGGAGAGCUGGGGGUCCACAAGUGAAGCUAACAAGGCCCUGAUUCAGCAAAAUGAAAAGAUGUGGUUCUUCACAGGUUAGUCACCUACUCCAGAGAGAAUCAGAACAAUGUCCUACGUUUUUGUAAACGACUCUUCCCAGACAAAUGUGCCAUUGCUGCAGGCUUGCAUUGAUGGAGAUUUUAACUAUUCCAAACGACUGUUAGAGAGCGGUUUCGACCCAAAUAUUCGUGACAGCCGAGGCCGAACAGGCCUUCACCUUGCUGCAGCCAGAGGAAAUGUAGACAUCUGUCAACUCUUGCAUAAGUUUGGUGCUGACUUACUAGCCACUGAUUACCAAGGUAACACGGCCCUUCAUCUGUGUGGGCAUGUGGAUACCAUCCAGUUCCUAGUUUCUAAUGGACUUAAAAUUGAUAUUUGCAAUCACCAAGGUGCAACACCACUUGUUCUUGCAAAACGAAGGGGUGUGAAUAAAGAUGUGAUUAGACUUCUGGAAUCUUUAGAGGAGCAAGAGGUGAAAGGAUUUAACAGAGGAGCUCACUCAAAGCUGGAAACGAUGCAAACUGCUGAAAGUGAAAGUGCGAUGGAAAGCCAUUCCCUCCUUAAUCCAAACCUACAGCAAGGUGAAGGAGUUCUUUCCAGUUUCCGCACGACAUGGCAAGAGUUUGUGGAAGACCUGGGCUUCUGGAGGGUGCUGCUCCUGAUCAUUGUCAUUGCUCUUCUGUCUCUUGGAAUAGCAUACUAUGUUAGUGGGGUGCUUCCUUUCGUAGAAAACCAGCCUGAACUGGUGCACUGAAGCAAAUGCAAAGAAGUGCACCGUGCUCUUCCCUGUUCUAAUCUUAUUUUGAGCUUCUUGGAAUUAUUCUCUUGGUGCAGGCAGUGGCAGCUGUAUAUACUGUUUGCCUUUUGUACUUAUUAUUAACCCCUUUGAAAGAGGGAUUAAUUCAUUUCAAGUAAAACACUAAAUUCUAAAGCAUUCCUAAGCUACCUCUGACUUAUCUUGACUUGCAAGCAAGAUGUGAAGAUAAUCCUCUCUGUUGAUAAAAUGUUAUGAUUAGAAAAGGCCUUUCAUAAUGAAUAUUAAAUUCCUGGGCGUGAAAAAUAUAUCCUAGUACAGAACCAAAUUUGACUUAUUUUCCCUAUGAAGAGAGGUAAAUCUACUGUUGGAUUUUUUUGUGUGUGCUUCAGUUGAAAGAAAAAUGUUCUUUUAAAAGUCCUCCUCAAGAAAUCUGAAUAAUAUAAUAAUGCGUUCUGAUGUAUAGACAGUAAUAAGCUACAACUUCAUAGUUCUUUUAAUGCAUUCCCAUAGUUUCAUAUCUGCUAGCUUAUAAAAAGAAUGAGAAAUAGUUCAAGUUUUACUAUGUCUUUAAUGUAUAGAUCACUCCUUUAUUAGGUUAAUGUAGUGUUUCUUCCCCAGAUGAAUUCAAUGUUGUUAAUACCUGCCUGAAGUAAAUUUUGUAGAACAAAGCUAUUUGUUGUGCUUUGGAAGUAAAGUUGUUUCAGCCUUAGGCUGAAAAUUUUGCCUUUUUGUUGAAAUGUUACUAAGCAAACCUUUCUUUGUAAGGGUGGUUAAAAAGUGAUUUAGGUGUUCUGCUCUGUAUAUAAUAAUUCUGUAAGGUCAUUGUCUUUGUGAAAUAUGUCAUGAAAGGUAACUUUUUUCUUCUUCCCACAAGGGCCAGACUGAACCAUAUAAUUGUAUUGUUUUCAUGUUUGUGGAGAGGACUUGAUUGAAUAGAAUUGCUUUCUAGAAUUGUUUUCCAUUUCAGUUGUUUUUGGACAGCACUCUCAGGCUUAUGAAUUAUUUUCUGAGUAUGCUGAAUGAAAGUAUUUAAAUGUUAAUAUUUAGGAACAUUGUAUGAAAUGAAAUCUUGACCCAUUCUGUACUUAGCUGUGAAAUCCUUUGUAAAUAACCUAGGGACAUGAAUCAGUUAGAUACUCUUUUAUGAAGGCUAGAAAGGUACUACAUAGUAGGAGGUUUUCAAAGAAAGCAGAUUCUCUCGUCCCAUGCUGAUUAGACAUCUAACUCUCUUUGUUGCCAUUGCCUUGAAAAUCCCAAACAAAAGGAAUUCUGCAAACCUAAUGAAUCAAUUUUUUUUUUUACUUAGCCACUCCUAAAUUGUUGCUAAAUAACAUCAAACAUUUCUAAAAUUAAAAAUUACAAUAAGUAUUGAUAAAAGUAACCUAUAUCUCUCUGUUCCGCUACCAUGUGUAUUUUUCUUUCUUGUUUAUGGGUUUGAGUGAAGAGGAUUGUUGUCUUUGUUUUGAUGUGUGACAUGGGCUUUGCUGAACUGGGCCCCAUUCUAAUUGCAUCUGAAUAAUUCUUGAUCUCAUUUCUUAAGUUAGAGGUUAAUGAAACUAUACUUUUCUAGCAGCUGCAAUGCCACAGAAAGGAAAGUCUCUUAAAAAAAAAACAAACAAAACCCAAAAAACCCAAACCCAGCAUACUCCUGAAUAUUUCAAUUAUUGUACAUCUGUUCAUGAACAGAGAAAUAUAAACUUAUAGUAUACCUAAAUUACAUUUACUUCUCUAAAUAAGUACCUUUCUGUUAAUAAUACUCUGUAUCUUGAAUAAUCACAUUGUCUUUCAAUAUGUAUUAUCUGCAUAAUUUGUAA